CUUCGUCUACGGUAUCUGCGCAGGAUAAUAAUAAGAAGGUAGUGGAGCCCCGUAAUAUCAUCCAAAAGUAUCGUCACGUUCGAGACAUGCGGUGGUACUUCCUCUGGUUAAUCUUGGUGCAUCAUGUUAUAGCUACUCCAGUCAAAGCACAUCAGCCGAUUCAAGCAAGCAGCGACUAUGCGACCAAUGAAUGUUGCUCGUGCCAGUUCGAGGAUACGCCAUACAUGAGCAGUGUCUGUGGUGUUAACUCUUUUAUGACUUUGGUUCAACAUGUAAUGUCCUCUAGAUGUGACAUUGCUGACCCUUGUCGACGAUUGGGCAGAGAUGAAGCACCAAGCGAAAAUGAAUGGUUCGACUUUAUAAUUGUCGGCGCAGGUGUGGCCGGACCAAUAAUCGCGAGAAGAUUGAGCGACAUUUCAUGGCGAAAAGUUUUGCUCAUCGAAGCUGGCCCUGAAGAACCUACUACAACAGCUAUACCAGUUUUUGCGUUCAGUGCCAUAAAUACGUCUCUCGAUUGGAACUUUAAAACGGAACCAACAUUAUCGCAUCCUACUGCCUGUUUGGCAAUGGGUGGCGUCUGCACUUGGCCGAGAGGCAAAAUGAUAGCUGGAACCGGCGCUUUGCACGGUAUGAUGUACGUGCGAGGACAUCCUGAAAUCUACAAUCAGUGGGCAAGAGAGGGUAACUUGGGUUGGUCCUAUGACGAGAUCAGUCAUUAUUUUGAACGGGUGGAGAAUCUGAUCGAUCCAACAAUCGUGUCGGACAAACCUAGAAGUUUGAAGCAAAGCGGCGCGAUAAAUAUUGAAUACUAUCCACACAAGCCGGACUUUGUAAACGUACUGUUGACAGCCGCCGGCGAACUGGGUUACAGAACCUCCCAAUUGAAAGAAUAUAAUCAAACUGGCUUCAUGAUCGCGCCGAUGACAGUUAAGAACGGUAUGCGUCUCACAACUUCGAGAGCAUAUUUAAGACCUGUUCAUGAUCGCAAGAAUCUGCGAGUGCUAACAAACGCGCAAGUUACCAAGAUCUUGAUUAGUCCGUGGGAACAGAAGGCUUACGGCGUGGAACUGGUGGAUAAGAAUGGCAAUAAGAAGGUGGUGAAAUGCGAUAAGGAGGUAAUCUUAACAGCCGGUACUAUCGGCUCACCGCACAUUCUUAUGAAUUCUGGCAUAGGACCCAAAAAAGAUCUCGCCAAGUUCGGUAUUAAAGUAUACAAAGACCUGCCGGUUGGUAAGAAUCUGCACAAUCACGUGUCCGUGGAGGUGCCGAUGAGCAUCAAAGACAUUCCAUACGAGAUCGUGACCAUGGACGCCGUAAAUCAAUAUUUGAAGAAUAAGACGGGACCAUUGGCCAGCACCGGUAUCACUCAAGUUACCGCUUUCCUCGAAAGCAGUUAUGCAAUCAACGGCGUGCCGGAUAUCCAAGUCUUCUUCGACGGUUUCACUUCCACUUGUCCAAAGACUGGUUUAAUCAAUGAGUGCACCAACGGUAAGUUCCAGUCUGAUUGCCCGGACAGAAGAAAGAUCAUAGCGAGACCUACGGUGGUUUGUGCGGAGAGUCGAGGCGACUUAAAACUCCGCUCAAAUAAUCCUUUGGAUCCACCGUUGAUAUAUCCAAAUUACUUCACAAACGAGAAGGAUUUGAUGAUUCUACUCGAAGGUAUCAAAAAGGUUAGCAAACUUGUUGACACCCAUACUAUGAAGAAAUGGGAUCUUCGUUUGGAACAAGUGAGAAGUCCAUUGUGUAGCGACUAUCAUUUCGGCACGGACGCUUUCUGGAUGUGUCAAAUAAGAACAGAAACUGGACCGGAAAAUCAUCAAUCUGGAACAUGCAAGUUGGGACCAAGUACUGAUCCAAGUGCAGUAAUAGAUUCGCAACUUCGAAUACAUGGUAUAUCGAAUAUCCGCGUUGCCGAUGCUUCCAUUUUUCCCAAUGUACCAAACUCAAAUCCCAUUGCCGGAAUCAUGAUGGUGGCUGAAAAGGCAGCCGAUAUGAUUAAAAAUACUUGGUCAUAAAAAUU